UACAAAAUAGUCAAAGUCUUCAAUAAAAUACAACACACUCCAGCGUACUCGAAAAAACACACAAAACAAAAUAGAAAAUAAAAAAGGAAACACGUUUGUACUGGCGGCUGAUUAAAAGAAUGGUAAAGGUCUAUCUGUUUCGCAAGCUGCAUUCCAUCAGCCAGAUGCAGCGCGAUGUCUGGGAGGAGGCGGUGUCCGAGGUGGUGGAUCCGGUGCUCGGCGGCAGCACCAGCACCAUCAUCAACUACGGCGAGCGAAUGGACUACGGCAGCGACGAGAACGAUGUGAUGGCGCGCAUCUUUGGCGAUUUGUUCCGGCACGUCUACACUCUGGAGCUGACCAUGGAGGUCAACAUAUCCGUCCGGCACGUUGAGCUCAAUGGCGAGCGUCCAGAGUCCACGGGCGACAUGGAGGGGCAGGACCAUAGGCCGUCCAAGCAGCACUUUGUGGCAGCCACCGGGGAUGUCUAUGCCUACAUUGAGCGGGUGAUGCGGCGCCUGCCGCAGAGCCGUGUGCUCUUCACGCUCAACGUGCGGCAAACGAAUAUCGAUCAGUCGAGAAAAGUCUACGGAAAACUGCAGUUCAUACACCUGAAGAGUGCCACGGCGGAGCCGUGGCGCGACGACACCAGCACGUCCAUGGGCGCGCUGCUGAAACUGUUCAAGGCGCUGUCCCGCAGCCCCAAGUCCCACAUGCGAUACCACAACAUCAACUUGAACCGGCUGCUCCAGGAGGUGCUGGACAGUGUCGACAGCACUGUGGUGAUCAACUACACAGAAGCUCCGGUGUUCCACACAUCGCUGAUGGCGCCGCCCUGCUCUCCAGCACUAGAGCACGAGCCAUCCGCCGAGGUGUGGAAGGCCCUGUACAGACAGGAGCAAACGAAGUAUCGCUGCCUCAAGGAGAAGGUGCUCAGCCUCGAGCUAUGGACCAGCAGUGAGGAGAAAGCUGCAGCUGUAUGA